CCUGCAUCCAGCGAGUCAACUUGUCAAGUAUCCUGGCUAGAGUAUGGAAGCAGCAGAGAGCCUGCAUGAGUAUCUGAAGCAGCAGGAUGCGCUUGAUAAAGAAGCGCGAGCCCUGUUUCCCUAUGAUUUUUCAGCUUGUUCCUUUGAUGAAGGCUACGUGAAGCAGCAAGUCUUUGCGUGCUUGACGUGCACACCCGCUGUAGCUACAGCAAUAAAGGGAGAGGCAGAGACGACUGCUACAGCUAUACAACGAGGGGGCGUAUGCUAUGCGUGCUCUAUUGCUUGUCACGGCGAUCACGAACUAGUAGAACUCUUCAAUAAACGCCAUUUCCGAUGCGACUGUGGCAGUGAUCGUAUCAGCGCUGAAGCAGCCUGCACGUUGCUCAAGGCACGCAGACCCAUCAAUACGGAGAAUCGGUAUAAUCAAAACUAUGAUGGCUUGUUUUGCUGGUGUCGCGUCCCGUAUGAUCCGGAAAAGGAAGCGCGCACGAUGUUUCAGUGCUUGCAAUGCGAAGAUUGGUAUCAUGAUGAUUGUAUACAACAGGGAGAAACGUUGCCGAAUGAGGAUUACUUUGACCAGUUCACUUGUCGGACGUGCAUGGCGGAUAUGAGGUGGUUGAAGCGGUAUGCCGGUCAGGAUGGAUUCGAUGCGCGUGCAGCAGCUGCUCAACAGGUUGUGGAUGAGCAGGCAAAGACAAAGACUGAGGACACGCACGAGCCAAGAGAGGAUGAACGGCCUGCUAAACGCGUCAAGGUGGACACCGAGACGGUUGAGCCAGCGAAUGAAGCAACAGAGGCACAGCCUGCUGAAACAUCUGACACUGUCUGCAAGUGGAGCAGCCUUCCCGAGCAAGAAGUGCACUCACUCUUUUUGCAAGAGGACUUUCGCUCUGCAUUGUGCCUCUGCGAGGCGUGUGCUGAGCGUAUGGCACCCUACCCAUUCCUACAAGGAGAGGAGGAAGUGUAUGAUCCGCCGGAAGAUGAGGAUGACGGCGGGGAGAGUGUUUAUGAGGCCGGUACGCGAGCUAUGGCGGAGACACUCGACCGGCUACCGCGAGCACAGGCGAUUGAAGGUGUGCUGCAGUAUAGGAAGUUGAAGGAGCACUUGACACGGUGCCUGCGUCCGCUGGCUGAGCAGGGUGAGGUUGUGACUGCUGAGCAUGUGCGGGAGUUUUUUGAGCGGAAGCAGUAGUAGUAAUGAUAUGAGUAUAGUAGUGCAGUAGUAGUAUGAGUAUAGUCUGAUCGUGUAAGUAGUAGC